AAAUCGAAACUACAAAAAUAAAAAGAACAACAACCCAUAACAGACUCUUUAUUGAAACAUUUGGAUUUGUGCAAACAUAUAAAAUACGAUACAUUAUAGUACUCAAGCGUUUAAAUAACCUUUUUAAGAAAAUCAUUCUAUUUACUCAAGCUAUUUAAUAGCAUUUCUAUGUUUAACAACAUGUUUUAUUAUCAGCGGAAUGAAAAAGUUGAUUUUUAAUGUUUUAUGACAGUAAUGCUACGGAAGGGCAAUUUUAAGAUUUAUUCUUUCAAAUUUUGCCUUACUGCACGACUUGUCAGAUAGUGGAUUAACAGGAUGAAACUUUUUCUUAUGUUGAUAUAUAUCACAGAGCAUUUAUAUCACGUGAAGUGUUAUUCGUCAACUAUUUGCUUAAGACAUUACUUUGACACAAGUGAUAUCUGUAAAGGAAGAUCUGACAGUCUUUCUUGUAGCCAUGGUGACGUCAUUAUUAUCGAAAGUAUUCGUUAUGCAAAAAGUGAAAAAGGAUACAAGUCGUGCUCAUACUGUUCAAAUAAAAAUUUAACAUCGGAUUUGGACAUUAAUCCAAUUUUCUUCAAAAACGAAGUCUACGAGUUAUGUUCUCAGGAAAAUAAUUGUACACUGAGUGAAACAUUCAAAUCACCACCGAACAUUAGUCAAAAUAAACGCCAAACAUGGUAUGCCAUCCUAACAUAUGAAUGUGUAGCUAAAGGUUCAAUACGUGACAUGUGUUCAUCAUUUGAAGCUGUGAUAAAUGACAAUGACACUUUACAUGUCUCACUGCUUGGAAAAGAUAUUGCUUCGCAACACUGUGGCUGUUUUGUACAUGGCACUAAAGAUAAUACUGCUAUUAAUAUCGUCGAUUACAGGCCAAAUGAUGACCAUACUAAAUGCACAGAUGACACUUUAUUUUACGUAAAUGGCGUACGGAUAUUUCAAUGUUUGAAAACCAUUUCAAAUGAAGGCACGCAUAUUUAUAACACAGCUAUAAACAUAACUGGUUUUGUAACUAACAUGACGGUGUCAUUCAAGGAAACGCUUCCAAAGAUGUUUUGGAUUACAAUAAAAGGUGCCAACGUACUAGUUCAGUGCAAUAUUGUAAACAGCGCCAUCAGCCGAUAUACAAGUGUGCCAACAUCUGUUGGAAAUACAGACACAUCACUAAACUCUCAAGAAAAAGCAAGUCAUUUACCAUCCGGUGGCAUGGCACAAACAACUCGACACACAGAAAAGUCAGUCAGUUCAGAAGUAUUUACAACACCAGCUAUAAUCGGAGCAACUGUAGCAGUUGUAACAUUUAUGGGUAUUAUUGCAGUUGUUGUUUGGCUAUAUCGCAGAAAAACUUCUGUACAACAAAAACCCGAAGUUACUGAAGCUGUAUACUACAAUGAAGGACACAUUAAUGGUGAAUGCAGAGACGGUGGUAAAGGUGACAACGAGAAUAAUCUCUCUAAAAAUAAAGUUGACAAUCUAUACAUAAAUGCGCCAAGUGCACCAGGACACGAUAAUGUAGAGAACAUAGAUAAUGUUUACUUAAAUGAAAAUAUGAAAGAUUCACCUAUUGCUGGGUCAAACAAAGGUGAACAAACGAAUGCAAGGAAAAGAGACAAAAAUAAAACCAGAGAACACAAUAAUCAAGAUACCCAUUACAAUGUUCUAGGAACUCCAGGGGAAGAACACACCUAUUCGGAGUUAAAUUGCUCUGGUGGAGACAAACAUGCAUAUUACAAUUUAGUUAAGACAUAAUUAUCAGAUGAAUACGAUUUAUUAGUAAUCUUUGACGAGAAGUUUGAUAAUGAUACUGAGUUUUCUUUCUGACAGCUACCAGUAUACUUUUCAAAAUGAUAACAUAACUAAGGAGCGCUUAUUCCAAUAUAAAUUAUGGAAAUAUCCAAAUUAAUACAACGGAUAAGAGGAAACAAACGAAGAUAUUUAUGACUUGAAAUUUUAAUGGAACCACAUGACAACAUAGUUUAAUUUACAAAAAAAGCUUCUGAAAUUACAAUACAUAGUUGAGUUUGUUUAAAAGAUGCAAAAGCAAAUUCAAUAUUCAUUUGGUCGAUAUUUAUUCCUUUCUGUGUAUGUUUUUCGGAUUCAUCAGAUUUCGUAUAAUCAUAAAUUGUUCGUGCAGAAAGAAAUAUUCAAAUGCCUUGGUAUACCAUCAAAGACAUGAUGAGGACUAAAUUUUUAUUAACUUGACUGAAAUUAAACUUUGUAUGAUCUAUCAAACACACAAUAUGAAACUUAAUAUCUUAACAUUUAAAAAUAAUACUUACGAAGUGAUUUAGUACCAACUUACAAGGGUUGUAGAAUAUAUGCUUAAUAUCACAAUAUUGCUCACUUACAUUUCAAUCACUUUCCUUUUGCUUCCUUAUUAAAUCAUCGUGCCAACCUUACUGGCGGUAUGGAUUGUUGUAUUUACAAUUAUUGUUAUCUAGUUUCGCUUUUACAGAUAAGAAAACUACUGCCAUUAUAUCUAUACAAUACAAAUUUCUUCUGAUGAUUUGAGCUUCAUUGUUACAUAAAGAUGACAUAAACUG